AUUAACAUUCUGAUGCUGAUUAAGAUGAAAACAAUUCCAUCUCCAUCUUAAUCGCGAUUAUUUUCCAGUUGAUCUUUUUAUUCCUGGUAACCUUGUUUUCCUCUUCUCUUCAUCUUCUGCAGGGCAAAAAUUGUUGUAUUAUUGUGGCCCCUCAACUCCCAGAAUCAAGAGACACGAGAGGAACUUCUUGUUUCAGUUUCUUUUGCUUUUCUAUCUGUUCAGAGCUCCGCCAUUUUCUUUAAAUUUGUUCGCAUCGUAAUUGAAUCACAUUUCCAUCUAGUUAAUUGGAUGAACUUCUAUUUCUGUUUAUCGACUAUUAUUUAUCAUUAAAAGAUCCAAAUGUUAUCGAAUUUCAUAAGUUUAGUGUUGUUUUCACUUUUAAUUCCAAAUCAAGGUUAUGCAACUGGGACAAAAUCGAAACGUCAAGCUGAUGAUAAUGAAGCGGAAUUGUGUAGAGGGAGAACCAGCAAUGAAUAUUUUAGAUUAACUUCCGGUGACGAUUGUCGGGAUGUUGUAAGAUGUUCAGUCCAGGGCUUACUCGCUUUAAGAUGUCCUUCUGGAUUAGCUUUCGACAUCGAAAGACAGACUUGCGAUUGGAAAAAUAACGUCAAAAAUUGCGCUCAAUUAGAAAAACCACGAUUGGUAUUACCUAAACUAGCAACUGAUCAACCGAUUUGUGACUCAGGCAAAUUGGCCUGUGGCAAUGAUGAAUGUAUCGAGAAGCAAUUAUUCUGUGAUGGUAAACCCGAUUGUGCUGAUGGGUCAGAUGAAAAUGCUUGUACUCUUGGAAAGGAUCCCAAUCGCGCGCCUCCUUGUGACCCCGUCACUUGUGUGCUACCUGAAUGUUGGUGCUCAGUUGAUGGAACUCUGAUUCCUGGUAAAUUAGAACCAGAAUCUGUUCCUCAAAUGGUGAUGAUCUCUUUCGACGAUGCCAUUAACAAUAAUAACAUCGAUUUGUACGAAAAGUUGUUGGAUAAUAAUCGACUAAAUCCAAACGGGUGCUCUAUUAAAAGUACCUUUUUCGUCUCACACAAGUAUACCAACUACUCGGCUGUUCAAGAGCUCCAUAGACGUGGACAUGAAAUGGCCGCUCAUUCAAUCACUCAUAAUGUUGAUGAAAAGUAUUGGACAACCGCGACUCAAGAAACAUGGGCCAAAGAAAUGUCUGGAGUUCGAUUGAUCAUGGAAAGAUUUGCGAACAUUACUGAUAAUUCAAUCGUCGGUGUUCGAGCUCCUGCUCUCAGAAUUGGAGGUAACAAUCAAUUCUUCAUGAUGGAUGAACAAGCUUUUCUCUACGAUUCAACUAUCACCGCUCCGCUUUCUAAUCCACCCCUUUGGCCUUACACUCUUUACUUCCGAAUGCCUCACAAGUGCCAUGGUAACGGUCAGAAUUGUCCAACUCGAACUCAUCCAAUUUGGGAAAUAGUUAUGAAUGAAUUAGACCGACGUGAGGAUCCAAAGUUCGACGAAGAACUGUCCGGGUGCUCUAUGGUUGAUUCUUGCGGAAACAUUUUAACGGGCGAACAGUUUUACAAUUUCCUAAAUCAUAAUUUCAAUCGCCAUUACAAAACUAAUCGAGCUCCGUUGGGAUUGUUUUUCCACGCUUCGUGGUUGAAGAAUUCGCCAGAAUUUCUUGACGUUUUCAUCCAAUGGAUCGACGAAAUGUUAGAGAAAAAAGAUGUUUACUUUGUCACCAUGACUCAGGCUCUUCAAUGGAUCCAAACACCCACGAAACUGGACUCAAUUCAAGAUUUCGAAGCCUGGAAAGAAAAGUGCACAGUCUCAGGUCAACCCCAUUGCAAUUUACCUCGUCAAUGUCCACUCAACACUCGAGAAUUACCCGGAGAAACGAUUCGUCUCCAUACCUGCGUUGAAUGUUCUCGUAAUUAUCCUUGGCUCGAAGAUCCGACCGGAGAUUAUUUCUCUUCCAAAAAGUAAUCGAACUUGUGAAUUGAAUGUUGAUCAACUUCGUGUUCUAAUUAUUAAUACUUUCUUUUCAAUAAGAUUAAAAUGAUUGCAUGUAUAGUUUUUGGUUGUUUUUUCAACACAAAAUUAGUUGAUUGUAUUUUUAGAGCAAUAACAAAAAUGGUUCGACAAUUAACAAAUUAAUAAUUAAAAAUCGUAACAACAAUUUAA